CUCCGCUCACUGGAGAGGUUAUGUAUUUUUACAAACUUAUCACAAAAACAGUGUAAAAGUUUCCGUUUGAAGAAUUUAAUCGCAUUCGUUAAUGGGAACGUAUGUAGUUGUGUAGACUGUGAUAAAAUAAUACGCAGUGCAAAGCGUUAGUGUCACAGUUUGUAACAAACAAGAAACAGUAAACAACUGAUUGUGAGCGUCGAACCACUUUAUUUGUGUCGAACAGUGAAAUCAUUAACAAUGGCUGUGUCAGUGUCCACUAAAUUGUUGUCAUUGUGUAAAAACACUGCAAAUAUUCGAGCGUUGUCAACUACAAGCGCAAAAACCGCAAAAAUUUCGUUUAACUGGGAGGAUCCCUUGAAUUUAGAUGGACAAUUACAUGACGACGAGAAAGCGAUAAGGGACUCGUUCAGAGCUUAUUGCAACGAGAAGUUAUUGCCGAGAAUAAUCGAAGCGAACAGAAAUGAAGUAUUUGAUAGAACAAUUUAUAAGGAGCUGGGAGAAUUGGGAGCACUUGGAUGCACUAUUAAAGGGUAUGGCUGCGCGGGUGUUUCUUCAGUAACAUACGGAUUGAUGACCAGGGAGUUGGAUGGAAUCGACUCAGCUUACCGGUCAGCGAUGAGUGUACAAAGCAGUUUAGCUAUGGGAGCGAUAUACAUGUAUGGUUCAGAAGAACAGAAGCAAAAGUAUUUACCUAGAAUGGCUACAGGAGAACUUGUGGGAUGUUUUGGAUUAACAGAACCUAAUUUCGGCAGUGAUGCUGGUGGUUUAGUGACGAGGGCUAAGUAUGAUGCUAAAAGUAAAACUUAUGUACUAUCAGGUUCAAAGACAUGGAUCACAAAUUCGCCCAUUGCAGAUAUUCUAGUCGUCUGGGCUAAAAACGAAGAAGGUAAAGUCAGAGGUUUUAUUGUAGAAAGGUCGCAAGUCAAAAAAGGUCUCGAUACACCAAAAAUCAAUGGGAAAUUUUCAUUGCGAGCGUCGGCAACGGGCAUGAUAUUGCUCGACGAAGUGGCUGUACCGGAGGACAAUUUAUUGCCCAACGUAGUGGGCCUGAAGGGGCCGUUCGGAUGUCUCAAUAACGCGCGAUAUGGGAUUGCUUGGGGCGUCCUCGGUGCGGCUGAAACAUGUUUGCGGAUCGCCCGUCAGUACACAUUAGAUAGGAAACAAUUUGGGAGACCUCUCGCUGCCAACCAGAUUAUACAGAAGAAAAUGGCUGAUAUGAUGACGGAGAUAGCUCUUGGUUUCCAAGGUUGUUUGAGAGUUGGCCGAUUGAAGGACGAAGGUAAAGCCGUGCCAGAAAUGAUUUCUUUGUUAAAGAGGAAUAAUUGUGGAAAGGCUUUGGAAAUUGCAAGAACUGCGAGGGAUAUGCUCGGAGGUAACGGUGUGUCUGAUGAGUAUCAUAUUAUCCGACAUGUUAUGAACCUUGAGGCCGUGAACACAUAUGAAGGAACCCAUGAUAUUCACGCACUGAUAUUAGGAAGAGGUAUUACUGGAAUACCAGCAUUUUCGUAAAAACAUUUAUAUGAAUUUUAAUUUUAUAUCUUGUACAGACAGACAGC